AUGUGGCUUCGAUAUUCAUUACUUUUGUUAUUGGCGCUCGUCUCGAGUGUCCAAGCACAAAACUUUAAUCCGGACACAGAUGAUUUCGAUUUAUAUGGUGCUAAAGUAGCAGCAAAUGAAGUACUCAUUGUUGAAGUACAAAAUACAUAUAAUGAGUUUUGGAUUCAAUUUGCGCCGUAUUACAACAAUGCGACCCAAUUCGAACAAUCAUGUGUGGUUGAAUUCGAUGCAUCACAAUAUGUUUACACAGUGACCGUUGGACGAAAUCAAACAGCGGCGCAAUUUUUCUUCAUUGGCGAAACGACGGACAUCGAUCAGAACGAUCCGGUUGAAAAUCGAACAUUUGUCGGUACAUUCACCUAUCACGGUUCAAUUCCAGAUAUUGAUUGUAGGGCUAGUGAAUACGAGUAUAAUAUACAAUAUAUUCCGACGGCGUAUCCCCAUCAAGACUAUCUCACAUUGACAGCAGAUGUCACCGGUUCAACAGCAUUCUGUUUCUCGAAUUUGUUCUCGUGUACUUUCAAUACAUCACCGAACAGUCUCAACGUUUGGCCGGGUAACAUUUCCUGGCCAAAUACGACGUUCAUGCCGCAUGCCGUUGACUAUCAUCAAAGCUACGGAGUUAUCGUCGGUUUCGUUGAUAACGGCCGAAACUCCCGCGUCAAAUUCAAACCAAUUGUGUAUUUGUUCGCUGUCAAUAUCAGUGCAGCGCCGAGUGUGAGUGCUGUUUGGCAAUAUUCUGUCAAUGGCACGUGGCAAAGUGGACAAACAAAUGUGGGAGCCGACGUAUUUGCCGCGAAAUAUUCGAUGAGUGUGAAGCUCAACGAUGCCCGUCAGGUAUUGGUCGGCAUUCAAUCAAUGAACACUGUUUUCUUGUUCUCUGUAUCGAGCUCGUUGACAACACUCACACAAAUUGCUUCUCAAGAUACCGGCAAAUCAUGGGGUUUCGGCAAAGAGGUUGCUUGGCUUGAUUAUAGUGGUAGUUCAGUGGCCAUUCUGGCGAACGUCUAUUCAUUCUCGUACACGUGGUCAUCAUCACGCAUCUUUGUCUACGACUCGUUCACCAACGCAUCGUCCCCAGUUGCUAUAUUUCCUAAUAGUCAACAAGCAUUAUCCGAAAACAUGUCACCCACGCUGUUGAACGUUGUAUCAACGCCUGUCAAUCUUGCCUUUGUCGACGUUUACGGAAACAUUUUUGUGAUUCUAUCAUCACCCGCUGGCACGUAUCCGUCGACAACGGGCUCUGAUGAACAAAGUAAUCCGGCAUUUUCAACGGCAACACCAUGCAUCGUCGGCACGUAUAAGAAUGUGUCGAAUAUUCAUCCGUGUUCACUAUGUCCAACAGCCACGAAAAAUCCGGGGAAUUCGAGUACGUCGUGUAGUUCGUGUGCCGCAAACACAUUUUGUCCUCUCGGUUCAUCGAGUGAUAUCGAUCUGAGUUCGUUGAAUGCCGUUAUUCAAGCACUGGCUUAUCCAGAAUCACCCGAACUGACGGGAUUUGAUGAUAUUUUGUUAGUAAAUGUAUUUGGGAUCGGCACAACUGCACAUUGCGUUGUCGUUUCGCCGCUGUUCUGGGCGAUUAUUGUUGCUAUUUUGGCUCUUAUCGUCAUGAUUACUAUUGCGUUAUUGAAAUACAGAAUCAAACAUGCAGAAAGCGAACGUGCACGAGAAACAAUAAUAAUGAUAUUGAAACAAGCAGACUUGAUUGGCGAGGGUGAAUUAUGGAUUGGUGGUCUCGUUUCAUUCUCGGUCAUCGUUCUGCUCAGCUUUUCCUAU